CACCCACCCCCCGCCUGUCUCCUAGCGGGAAACCGAGGCAGGAGGGCCACCAGGCACUUGAGGACGCUCGGGCUUGUCUGCACCAUGGCUCCUGCCCUCCCUCGUCUUGCCAGUCCCCGCGGUGGUCGCGGCGAGGGGCCAGGCGAGGGCGUCCAGGGCUUCCACAGCAGGUACUGCCAAACCCCCGCCGCCCCUCCUUCUCCUGCCCCGUCCGAGCUGGCCCCGAGCCGCCGACCUUCUCCAAGGUGCCCGCAGGCAUCUCCCGGGCGGUCUUGGUGCAGAGCGAAGGCGCUCCGGAGGCGCAGCCUGGCUGCGGCCCAGCCCGGCGGCACCCUUGGUGCCUUGACCUUGGGCAAGUCUCCGGGCUUUUGGGCGUCUGAGCCAGAGACCCCCCGGGCCCAGCCCCUCCUGGUUGAUGCGGAAAUACUCUGGCUCUGCUGGGGAGUGCACAGUCUCAGAGUCCCCAGACCCCAGGCCUGUGCCCUCUCUGCAGGGGACAGGUUCACCUCCCCACCCCACCCCCAAAGGCAGUCCUCAGAGACUUUUGGCAAAGACUGGAGGAAAUGCUAACAAACAAUAAGCACAUGUGAGAUUUAAAAAAAAAAGAAAAAAAAAGACACUAAAAAUCAGAAUCACGUAAGUUAAAAUAACGACUAUGCCUUCCACUAGCCCCAGCACAACCAGACUGGCAAAAAAAGAAGAUUGAUACCAGCCAGUGUUGGCUGUGGGUUGGAAUGUGGGGAGACAGGCAUGCACACGCUGCCUGCAACUGUGAAUUGCUACAUCUUUUUAGGAAAGUAAUUUGGCAGUAUCUAUUAAAAUUUAAAAUGUUCAUCCUCCAUGACCCAGCAAUCACACUUCUAGGAGUCAAGCCUAUAGAGUCUCAUUCUCUCUAUAAGAGAGAAUGGACUCUCUUCUAGGAGUCCAGUCUCAUUUCUCUUUGCAGAUAGACCAAGAGAUGUGUAGUAGGAGAAACAAACACAAGCAAACCCGGAUAUAACUCGAUGCCCAUCACUUGGGGACUGGCCGGGGGUAGGGAAGGCACCUCCCCAGUGUGGAAUAUUAUACAGCUAUUAAAAAGCGUGAAUUGGAGCUUGUGUGGUUGAUGUCCAUCAUACUUUGCUUUGUGAAUGAAGCAAGGAAGGGGGAAGAGCCUUAUCUAUGUGUAUAUUUAACAAAAUCCCUCCAGGACUGCACAGUGUGCUCUGUGGGCAGCAAGGUGAACACUGCUGCUGCUGCGGGAAGACUGGCUGUGAGCAAGCAGCUAAGUGAACAAAAUAUCAUCCAGAGAUGGGAGGAGAUGGGUCCUGCAGAGGCUGGGGCAGAGCGGGCAUUCCAGCGUAUCUGGUGCCUCUGAGGAAUGGGCACUGGAGCAAAGGGCGAGCAGGUCCCUUUGCCUCUGCCUCUGUGCUCUGUCCCCCGACGUUACUGCAGAGAGACUCCUGCCUCUUCUCUUGCUCACCUUGGCGUGUUUUGACCUGCUCGCAGUCAGCAUUUUUUAGACCCAUGAAACAAGCCAAGGCAAAAAGGCAAAUGGGUCUGGACUGGCCAGACAGCAGGUGUCCCUUAAGCCUGAAAUUCCUGCGUUCUGUGCCCCCUGCAGCCCCUUCCCCUAAUUUUAGAAAUAUCUGCAGCUGCCUUUCCCAAGUCUCCACCCCAAAGGCCUGAUGGGCUCACGUUUCUGUUUCUAGAAACAGAGCUGCUGCUCCUGGAGGCCUAUUUGGCUUUCAGACCCCAGCGGGUGGAGGGGUGGUACUCAGGGCUUCCUCUUUGUAGCCUCUGCAGCUUCCCAGAAGGCCCCCCUACCCUACCCUCAGGCCACCAAGGGCCUGACCAACUUGGGAGAAUGGGGGCAGGAAAGGACCCCUGCUCCCCUUUCUCUCCACAAGCAAGGUCCACACUGGAGAGGUGAAGUCCAGAGGCUUGGGGUCUUGCUCAGGGUCAGGCCCUAGGGAUGCUCCUGCCUGGGGCUCCAGCAACCCUCAGCCUUUGGAGAUGAGUGUUUUGUCCUCAUCUUUGCAGAUGAGCAAAGGGAAGAUCAGAAGGUGCGUGAUGGGGGACCGGGUUGGAGGUCUGGCAGUCCCUCAGCGGUCCUGGAGUGACGGGCCCUGUGCUAACCUGAACUGGGGCCCACCCUGAGGACCCCCGGCUGGCCAAGCCUGGGCUGGACUCAGUCUGAUGGUGCACAUGGUCAGCAGCUGUGAUGGGGGAAGUGGGGAGAGGCCUUUGAGGCCUUUAGACCCAAAAGUCAGGGUGAGGCCCCCCACCAGGCAGGAGCCGCUUGGGAGCCUGGGUGGUCUCAAGCAGGGGAGCAGGAAGGGGGCCUCCACCUCAGCAGGAAGAACACUGCCCCCAGCUACACUUGGCCUCGUCUGUGGACCCUCCACUCUCCUUAGGGCCCACAGGAGCCGGUCUGGCCGCGUCCGGGCAAGAAGCUGGGUGACAUCACCAGACCCAUUUAUGGUCCAGGUUUCUUGGAAAUCGCACCUGGUUAUACAUUAACCACCUGGCCCUGGAGGGGGUGGGGAGCCUCAAAGGAGUCCCUGGCCUUUCAUCCCCAGAACAUGACCCUGCUCAGCAGGGCAGGCACAGAGCUGGGCAGGUGGAGGUGAGCCAGGUAGGAGGGCAGGGCCAGGAUCCAAGCAGGGGACGCGACGCCAUCCUCAGAGUCUGUGCUCAGGGUGCAGCCAGGGUGGGCAUUGCUUCCUCCUGGUGCCCUGUCCCUGAGCUCCGCAAAACCCAAAGGGGAAGUUAGUUAGGAUCAGAAAAGGAGCGGGGGCUGCCUUGUGGUCACAGAGCAUGCUGGCGCAGGAGACUGAGCUGGUCAGGGAAGAGGAGACCUUGGGUCACCUGAUCCCUGCCUGAGAUGAGAGCAGAGCAGCCUCCCCCUGUGGGCAUCCUCAGGGUCUCCCUUUCCUCCAGGGCCUACUUCCUGCCAGUUUCCAGCUUUCUUCAAAUCUGCCACUAGUUCUCUGAAGCCAGGUUUACUGGCUUUAAAUCCCAAUCCCACUUUGGCCACGUUGGCUGUGUGAUCUUACGCAAGUUACUUGACCUCCCUGAGGCUCAGUUUCCCCAUCUGUAAGGUGGUGGUCCCUCUCUCACAGGAUUGUGGGGAAGACUCAAUGUGAUGACACUUAGCUGGGCUCAUACAGUAUCAGUUCUUUUUAGGGGGGGCCCCAAUAUAUAAUAUAUAAACUCUGCCCUGGGCAAAGUACCCACCUGACCUGGCUAAUCAGUUGGUGCUUGAGGACUUAGGCUGGUGGGGCAGGCUCAGAUGGACAGCCCUGGGAAGGCUGCUUGGAGGAGGGGGCAAUGGAGGAGCUGGCCAGCCAGUCACAGAGAGGCGAGUGGGAAGUUGGGAGUCCUAAUUUAGGCUCUUAGUAGGCACUCAGCCGCUGAGCAGCUGCAAGCCUGGGGAAAAGGAACCCCCAUGAGAAGUGGAAAGUUGAGAUCUCCCAGGAGAGCAAUUAGGGGGUGAUUCAGGCUGGUGCAAAGUCACCUGGAACAAAGGUUGGUGAGCCGUGGAUGGAGCUGGGUUGUCUCGGUGUCCAGAGCAAGAGGCAAGGGGACAGUGAUACAGCCACACAGGCAGCUGGUGGCCAGAGCACUGGCCCCACAGGGACAAGAACCCACAGAGAAUGGGAGGCCACCAAAGGCCCCUCACCUUCAUCCUCUGGGGCUCCAAGACCCAGGCCCAGUCAGGGCAGGGGCAUGGAGGGGCUGAAGCUAGGCACCUGGGUCUCCAUCAUGUGCACUGUGGUCCACAGACACCCUUGCCAGUCCUGGCCCCAGAGGAGGGAGAGUUCAGAGUGCCUCACAGGUUGGCAGGGCUCUGGGAAGGGACUGGCUCUGAAGGGCCUGGCUACUCCCAUUUGCCCAGGAUGGAGCAGCCUGGGCCUGGUAAGUGUGGCCUAGAGUCAUUGCUAGCUGACCCUGGGUUAGGGCUCAGGCCUCAGGGUGGCUGGGUGGGCUGGGGUCUCUAUCCCUCUCCAGUCCCCCAGGCUAACAGGAUAAGCCCUGGCCCACAGGGACCUGUGUGCUGGAGGAAAAUAGUCCAUGUCCCCUGUCCCCCUCCCCCGCACACACUCUCCAGAGGAACCGGUUCAGAAUCAGCUCUGCUGAGACAGAGCAGAGCUGCUGCUUCCCUUUUCUGCCCCCGUCCUCCAGCUGCCCCUCCCCCUGUCCCCUGCUCAGGCCACUGGCCCUGUCCUCACUGACCGACCCCAAAGGGAGCACAGUUCACCCAGUGCUCAUUGCACCUUGGGUUCCAGGAGGGGACACAGGACCCCCUCCCUCCUUGAAGCAGCUCCUGCACUCCGGAGACUGUGCCCCUGAAGAGGAGGCAGGCCAAGAAGAGGCAAGGCCUGGGCUAAGGCCACUUCUGCAGACCCUUCCAGGCCACCAUCUCCUGCUCCUCUGGUUGACCCUAGCCAAAGCCUUCUGGGUCGACCCUCUCAUCGGCGAUUCCAUUUUCUGGAAUUUAUCCUGGGGCCCGUCACAGGUGUUCCCAGAGCGGUUUGCAGUGACAAAAUGUCCAUGGCAAAGUGUCCUCGUAGGGGACUGCGCAGCUCGCCUGGGCGGCCCUUCCGGGGACUCCGGGGCUGUCAAAAGCCUGCGGAACGGGGCCCUGCCCUGUUCCCAGCCUUUAUCAACAGCGCCCGUAGGAAGAGUCUGGAAGGACUGCAGCAGCUCGGCGGCGGGACAGUGGGGCUUUCAGUUUGUUUUUUGCACAAGUAGAUAUAAAGCAGAGAGUCCGAGCACGAGGCGCGCUCCGGUGGCCGAGAGGGACGGCCCGUGGUUCCCGGGGGCCCGCGCGCGAGGGGCGGUACUCCAUGACGUCAUCAGCGGGCGCCGCGCACCAGGCCGGAGCCGGAAGUGCUGUGGUAGUGGCGCGGGGCCACGUGCAGACCCUCCGGGAGUCGGAGCCCGACGAGCGUCGCCGGUGCAUAUCCUGCUUUCUGGCCCCCUUACAUGUUCAUGCCGACACACCUCCCAGGUCCCUGGCACCUGCCAGACAGCAACACCAUGAGCUUCGUGGCGUAUGAGGAGCUGAUCAAAGAGGGUGACACAGCCAUCCUGUCACUGGGCCAUGGUGCGAUGGUGGCAGUGCGUGUGCAGCGUGGGGCCCAGACCCAGACCCGGCACGGCGUCCUUCGGCAUUCAGUAGACCUCAUUGGCCGCCCCUUCGGCUCCAAGGUGACCUGCGGCCGAGGUGGCUGGGUGUACGUGCUGCACCCCACACCUGAGCUCUGGACACUGAACCUGCCACACCGCACCCAGAUCCUCUACUCCACCGACAUUGCCCUGCUCACCAUGAUGCUGGAGCUUCGGCCAGGCUCUGUGGUCUGUGAAUCGGGCACCGGCAGCGGCUCCGUGUCGCACGCCAUCAUCCGCACCAUCGCACCCACGGGCCACCUGCACACGGUGGAGUUCCACCAGCAGCGGGCGGAGAAGGCUCGGGAGGAGUUCCAGGAGCAUGGCGUGGGCCGAUGGGUGACCGUGCGCACCCAGGACGUGUGCCGCAGCGGCUUCGGCGUGAGCCGCGAGGCGGACGCUGUCUUCCUGGACAUCCCCUCGCCUUGGGAGGCCGUGGGCCAUGCCUGGGACGCCCUGAAGGUUGAAGCUGCGAGUCACGGGUGCCUGGAGCUCCGAAGGUCUGUGACUCCUAAGCGGGGGAAAUGCCAACUACACUUUAACUGGCCGAGUUCUCCGACCCUGAGUGCUCCGGACGCCUUCCCACCGUCCAGCCUGCACCCAUGCUGAUGAAAUCAGAGCCCCUGGGGUGGGACCCUCCAGGUAAACCCUGUGCUUGCAUGUACCCUACUGGGCUGUCCUGUCCUCCCGGUUCGCCAUGCGGCCUCGGGCAGUGCCUUGGGCAAGUGAUUGCUGUAGAGCCCAAAUCUGUGAAAUACACUUACCAAAACCUGCCUGGAAUGGUUCGCAGAGUUUAACAUGCACAUGAGGCGUUUCGCCCAGGGCCUGGCACGCAGGAACGUUCACUCAACGAUGGCUUGAAAAAUGUUUAAAUGAUAGCGGAAGCAACGUAGGACACCCCCCGCCCCGCAUCAGACACACUCUGACAGCCGGGCACCCGCUGACCUGCAUCCGGGCCCUGAGGCGGGCCUCGCUCGCCCUCCAGUUAGCGCUUCUGCGCGCUGGAAGUAAGAACCAAGUUUGCCAGCGCUGUGCUGCUCAGCCCCUGUGCGACAUCGCUGCCCUGCGCUGGGGUUUCUCCUGUCUUGUUGCUGACCAGCCUCGGGGGGUCCCUGAGCCCUGUCCCUCAGCCUCCCUGGCCUAUGGCACUCACGGUCUCUCUCCAGCGCUCAGGGAGGACCUGCCCCGCUCUCCUGACAUCCUGGAGUUUAUGCCCGAGACGGAUGCGGGACAAGCGUGUCCUUUGCCACCUCCACGCUGGCUGAGACACAAUAGGAUGGCCAUUUCCCAACCUGAGCACUGAGCACACAGCAAGAGCUUGAGAACAGUUUUUUAAAAAAAUGUAUUUAUUGAUUCUUGGCCGCAUUAGGUCUUUGUUGCUGUGCGCA